UUAUAGAUUAUUUAACAUUUAUUAGAAUUAUUAUUUUUGCUCUUACACGAUAUGGGUCCGCUUUUCAUUUAAAGGUUACAGACAUGUUUAUGUUUACAAGUCUACACUAGAGUUGUUUCCCUUGAUUUAAUUGCCAGCUUCAGUAGCUAGAAAUUCGCGGAACAUGUUAAAUAAAAGGUUAUCAGUUGAACUUAAUAUUCGUGUCCGCAAAUUUGUAUCUCGUGAUGGAUUUUUAUCAGAAAUAUUGUUGUUGAACUGUUUAAUUAAAAACAUGUUGUGAACUAAACUAUAAAAAAAUGGAUUUUUAUCAUUUUUCUAUUUUAUUGCUGUUUUCCACAAGUUUUGUAACUGAUUUUGGAUGUUUGCCAGUUGUUGCUUAUAACAGUAAUAUUUACCGACCAUUAAGAAUUUAUCCUCAUUAUGGAAACAGUUUAAACAAUGGAUUUAGUGAUGAAGAAGUGAAAAUUUUGAAAGAUACAGUAAACAAUGUUAUUUUAUAUGUUAAAAAGAUUUUAUCAGUUGUACCUAUUGAAGGAUAUUUACUUCUUGAAAGAAAUGCCUGCAAGAGUUCAUGGACUCGAGGAAGAAAUGUGGGUAAAUGUGCCACAAUUAGGAAGGAUUAUGUUGGAGAAUUUUGUCUGGAUUAUUUCAUGAUUCCAAAUGAGCAUUUAGAGGCUUUUUAUACAUGGACAAAUAGACCUUUACCUGACAGGACAUGGUACACAGAUGGGAUUGGUGUGAGAAAUGCAGAUUACAUCUUGUAUGUUCAGAUAGAAUCCACUAAAUCUUGUCUACUGUCUUCUGAAAAUACUCUAAUUAGCUAUGCAUCAUAUUGCAAACUUGGGGUAAACGACAGACCAGUUGCUGGAUAUAUGAAUUUUUGUCCGAGUGAGUUUAGGAAAUACAAGAAUGAUCUAUAUAAACUCAGGCUUAUAACUUUGCAUGAAGUAUUCCAUGCAUUAGGCUUUUCUAAAGAUUUGAUUCUAAACUUUCGUGAUUAUAGACAACCUGAACUUGAUACUGAUGAAUUGCCACACUAUAGUUUCCCUCUUUUACGUGAGUAUAAUGGUACAUUCAGACUAUUGACACCAACAGUUGUGAGUAAAUUGAAACAUCAUUUUGAUUGUGAUAUGGUUGGUAGAAAUUUACCAGAAGGCGCCCCAAUGACUGCAAUAGGAUAAGUACCUCAGUCACAUUGGGAUAGCACCAUAUUACCCGGUUCUAUAAUGACAUCAAAACUUGGGGAACCAGAAUACACAUUUGUAGACGCGUUAACAUUGUCUGUUUUUCAGGACACUGGAUGGUAUAUGGUUAACUUUUCAAACGCUGAUGACUAUCUAUGGGGAAAAGGCAAAGGAUGUAAUUUCCUGCAAGCGUUAAAUUCUAGGAAAAUUCCCGACUACGAAGAAAAAUUAUGUUCCACUAACUAUAAUUCGGGUUGUAAUUAUUUACAAACAGAAGUUAUCAAUUGUAGCAAUACGGAAUUAUAUUCUACCUCUUACACUGAACAGAAUUCAAUUCAGGAUUGUAGGCUUAAUUCACAGUCAGGUUAUUUCUUUUAUGAGCAUGAUUCUAGCUUAAGUUUUGGGAGGUGCAUUCUUUUUGAGAACAAUUUUGUCACAAAUGGAAUGUGUGUAAGUGCCAGGUGUUCCGUCGGUCAUGUAUAUAUCAAGCUUCGGAGCACAGACACUAACUGGAUUAAGUGUACCUCAGGUGAAAUCAUCGAAGAUGUUGUCAGUGGUGGUUUAAUAACUUGUCCAAUUGAUGAAGAAAUAUUCUGCCACCGUAGAACACUGCCUGUUUAUCUACAGGAUUUAGUUAUCGUUGAAGCCACAACUGUAACUGAAAGACCUAGGGCAGCAUAUGCAGUUACACAAGGCAAUAUGUAUAUUGUUGAGGAGAUAACUAAUGGUCGCUAUCGUAAUGAAGCCAGGUCCAUUUACGCUGGUUUCAGGAACAUUGCUAUGACUGUGCUGUUAAUUUUUGUUGGGAAAUGGAUAAUCAAAUUGUGAUACUUGUGUACAUGCAUGAGGUUGCAUUUAACUUCUAAGAAAUCUACUUUUUUAAGUGCUGAACUCUUUAUUUCUGGUUGUGAAAUGGUGAUGAGAUAUAUAGGAUUAUUUUAUUGAACUUGUGAUAAACACUUUUGAUGAUCUUUAUUUAAUGUACAAAUCAAAUGUAUAUACAAUGUAUAUAUAUCUUAAAGACAAGUCCAACAGAUAUAAUUUAUAAUACAAAGUAUUGAUAUAGGCCAGUAUAAAGUUUUUUUAUUUUGUUUGAUAGGACUGCAUGUUAGAAUCCUUUGUUAGUGUUGAAGUCAAAUAUUUUAUUUUCUAUAGAUUACCUAGCUAUAUUUUCAGUAUUAUGUACAUUUGUAAUUAGACUAUUAUAAUUAGUGAAGAAUUUAUUGUUCCAGUUAUCAAGGAAUGCUAUGUAUAUAAUUAUAAUAUUAAAUAUAUGUGCAGUUGCAUUUAUUUGUAAAAACCUACUUGUGAUCUAUACAUGUAUGUUAUAGCCAAUUUAAAAUACAAUUAUAAGUAACGACGUAAAAUAAAAAAGAUGACUUGAAAAAUGUUCUCUAAUAGUCUUGUCUUAACCAACUGAAUUUGUGAAAUGGAUUAUUCAAUAUUUUGAUUUGGAGCAGUCCAUUAAAAAUUUAAGGGAAUGAAAACGUAAAAUUCAAAAAUUGAGCU